AUGGCAAUGAUUCUGCAAUGCGUCAGGAGUGAUGGCAGACCAUCACCAUACUUCUUCAGAGGACCUCCCGGAAAGCUCAACACCUCUGCUUGUUUGACGUUGGACUACAAUUAUCCCUGCAGCUACCACUGCAUCGGUUUGUGCAUGCCAUGGAAAGCCGGCCAUGCCACGGCAGUGGCGCCGAUGAUUCUGGUGGAUAAAGCGAGGCUGUUGGCGGAGGACAAGCCUCGUGCCUAUUUUGAUGAUGGGUGCCAAUUUCCUGAGCUGAUACUCGCCCUCAUCCCAGGAUUAGCGGCCGUGGGCAUGGACCACGACCCCGACGAUCCGCAAAAUGGGGAAACUCGAGUUAAACUUCGAAAGCUGCGUGGGUUGGCGAUCGGAAGGCAUGAUUGGUGGGCGAGCAAGCGACCGUUGGCACCAGCACCUCCGCCGCCGCCAAAUGCAGGCAUGCCAUCAGCUUGA